AUGCCCUCAGCCAUACAACAGGAGAGUGGUCUCAUGUCAGCCAAUGUUGGGGACACAGUGACUUUGUAGCACUUCUAUAAAGGCGACUUAGCCAUGCAUUUCUCCUGGUACAAGCAACCCUUGGGAGAAAAACCUCAGGUCAUCUCAACCAUCUAUAAGUAUGACAAGGCGCUCCUACAUUUUACCAUGAGUCCAAGGGUAACCCUCGCUUUUCAGUGCAAAGCGGGUAAGAAAUAAAUCACCUCAGCAUCUCAGACAUGAAAAGCUCGGAUUCAGCCACGUACUACUGUGGGAGCGCACACUCAAAUGUGAUGGAAUUUGGAAAAGGAACCAUCCUCAAUAUAAAAGGUACAGUAUUGAGAAUAAAUUAUUUCAAUAUACUUAAAUAUUUUCAGGGAAAAUCUCAAUUUGUAGAUAAAGAGUAGUGACGAGUUAGCCUAAGAAAAAACAUUGUUACUUUUUUUUUUUUAAGCGUCUUAAAGUAAAUAUCAGGUAUUCUCACAUUCUGAUGAUUCUCUCAUUGAGUAAGAACUCUUGCUACGGGGAAGUUGUAGAUAUCUAACACAGAUUUAAUGGCAUAUUUAAACCCUCUUUCAGAUUCAGGCUCCAACAGCAAGACAUUUGUAGAGCAGUCUGUGUCUGAGUCAGUCCAGUCAGUCCAGCCAGGAGACUCUGUGACUCUGAACUGUACACACUGAGACCUGUGUAGGAGAACACAGUGCCUAUUGGUUCAGACAUGGCUCAGGUAGGGCUGUGGCGGUCAUGAAAUGUUGUCAGCAGGUGACUGUCAAGCAAAUAACUGCUGGUCUCACGGUAAUUGACCGUUAAUUAACAUAAACACAUUUAGCAUCUCCUGGCUUCCACGCAUAGCCUACAAGCCACCGAUGUAGACCUUUGGAACAUCUACAUUUAAAAAAGUCAAAUAAAUCCAUGUAAUAUAGCCUACACCAUUACAAUAGAUCCAUUAUUUAUUUUAGACAGAUCUAAAGAAACAUGAUAUGAAGAAAAUGAGGUCUAUUUCAGAAGAACAGAAUAGCAUACUCUGAGUUGUCCUUAUGUUAGGCCCUGAUCUGGCUAUGCGAUAUGGCUGUGGGCCACACUAGUUCAUUUAGAAUUCCUUGGCAUUAUUUUAUAUUAUUUUCUAAUAUAAAGAAUACAAUUGAACAUAGCUGAAUACAAUAGAAAGGAUAUUUUCUCCAAACGAUAUGAGGGAAUGCGCACAUUUGGCUAUUCUGUCUUGAGCAGUUAACAAAGAAACAGGUACUCCUAUAUGCUUAAUUUAGAGUUAUUUAUGCAAUUUUAGUUGUGAUACAAAUGUUGAGCUAUAUGUUUAGAUUUGUAAUACAUUCUAAGGCUGCAUGAUGUGACUCUAAUGAUGAUUUGAAAAAAGACGCAUGAAAGGCAUGAGCUCUGCUUCAUUUCUUUGCGCAGGUUGUACACACUUCAUUAGUCUCUCAUUCACUAUUUGACAAGCACUUGAUAAUGCCUCGAAUUUCCUGGCUGCAUCCCCUUUUGCGGCCAAUGGCCGUUGUGCACUUGGGCUGAAUAUACAAAUUAUAAUUCCCUUCUCCCGGCUGCUUGCUGAAGCACCUCUCACUCACAUGGCUCUCAUUCAUGUGAUCGGGUCUUUCUCACAGGCUACAAGUGAAGAUAGACACAUCGGGGACACAACUGCGCGUCCUUAUCCAAUUUGAGGCGCAUAUUGAAGAUAUUGUAAGAACUGUCCACAUUUACUUUUCGUCAGCCAACAAGAUGGGUAGGCCUAACGAACAGCAAAAGCACUAGCCAAUGUCAAUCUACUAUCCCCCAUAGUAAAAAAGUUGACCUACAGUGCAUUCUGAAAAUGUUCAGACCCCUUCCCUUUUCCACAUUUUGUUACAUUACAGCCUUAUUCUAAAAUGGAUAAAAUAAAAUAAAAUCCUCAUCAAUCUACAUACAAUACCCCAUAAAGGUUUUUAGACAUUUUUGCAGCAUUGAAGGUCCCCAAGAACACAGUGGCCUCCAUCAUUCUUAAAUGGAAGAAGUGUGGAACCACCAAGACUCUUCCUAGAGCUGGCUGCCUGGCCAAACUCAGCAAUCGGGGGAGAAGGUCCUUGAUCAGGGAUGUGACCAAGAACCCAAUGGUCACUCUGACAGAGCUCCAGAGAUCCUCAGUGGAGAUGGGAGAACCUUCCAGAAGACAACCAUCUCUGCAGCACUACACCAAUCAGGCCUUUAUGGUAGUGGCCAGACGGAAGACACUCCUCAGUAAAAGGCACAUGACAGUCCGCUUGGGGUUUUCCAAAAGGCACCCAAAGACAGAAACAAGAUUCUCUGGUCUGAUGAAACCAAGAUUGAACUCUUUGGCCUGAAUGCCAAGCAUCUCGUCUGGAGGAAACCUGGCACCAUCCCUACGGUGAAGCAUGGUGGUGGCAGCAUCAUGCUGUGGGGAUGUUUUUCAGCGGCAGGGACUGGGAGACUAAUCAGGAUUGACGGAAAGACGAAUGGAGCAAAGUACAAACAGAUCCUUGAUGAAAAUCUGCUCCAGAGCGCUCAGGACCUCAGACUGAGGCAAUGGUUCACCUUCCAACAGGACAACAACCCAAAGCACACAGCCAAGACAACACAGGAGUGGUCUUUCAAUGUCCUUGAGUGGCCCAGCCAGAGCCUGGACUUGAACCCGAUCAAACAUCUCUGGAGAGACCUGAAAAUAGCUGUGCAGCGAUGCUCCCCAUCAAACCUGACAGAGCUUGAGAGGAUCUGCAGAGAAGAAUGGGAGAAAUUCCCCAAAUACAGGUUUGCCAAGCUUGUAGCGUCAUACCCAAGAAGUCUUAGUGCUGUAAUUGCUGUCAAAGGUGCUUCAACAAAGUACUGAGUAAAGGGUCUGAAUACUGUUUAGAAAGAGUCUUGGUGGUUCCAAACUUCUUCCAUUUAAAAAUGAUGGAGGCCACUGUGUGUUCUUGGGGACCUUCAAUGCUGCAGAAAUGUUUUGGUACCCUUCCCCAGACCUGUGCUUCCACAAAAUCCUGUCUCAGUGCUAUAUUGAAUACGGUUUUUGCUCUGACAUGCAUUGUCAACUGUGGGACCUUAUAUAGAUAGCUGUGCCUUUCCAAAUCAUGUCCAAUCGAUUGAAUUUACCACAGGUGGACUCCAAUCAAGUUCUGGAAACAUAUAAAGGAUUACAAUGGAAACAGCAUGUAUCUGAGCUCAACAUCUGAGCUCAAUUUUGGAGCCUGACACACAUUCAGCUAAACUGCUAUUCCUUUUAAUCCUAUUGUAUCUCUGGUAACAUAUAUGUACUUUAGAGAGAAAACAGAGAUGUGUGGAGACAAAUAAUAGUUUAUUAUGUUAAAUACACAAUCAUACAGCAAACAAGGGAUCCUCUAUGAUAUAAUGUCUGUCGAUUAAAAGCACAAUGUAAAGGUUUCAACAUUUUAGGCAUUAUAGGAUCAUCAUAUAAAAUUAUAGUUUAUUAAUUUCACUUAGUUAAAGCAGUUUUAUUAGGCUACAAAUCACAAAAUGGUUCUACUUGGAGUAUUUGUGACAGUGGAGAUAUCUCUCACUCCUGCUGAAGGUCUGGUCUUCUCUCUUGCUCCUCUGGAGGAGGAAGAGGAGUUCUUCUUGGGGCUGAAACUCACAGCAGCAUAGUUCAAAACGUCCCUCUCUUGGUGCUAUGUGAGAGGUGGAGUCAUAAACAAUACAUUUGACUGGUUACAUCCACUACAUGAACCAUUUUGAUAUGGGGUGAAAUGAUGUGCUAAAAUUUAUCUGAUUGACUGGUGGGGUUGGUGAUCUAUCAGUUGAUGGUUCAGAAUAAAAACAGGAAGUAAAAAAUGAUAUUAAGUACAGAACACAAUAAAUCUUAUUGAAAUGGAACACAGUACACUGUCCUAAUAUUUAGUUGCACCCUUUUUUGUUGCACCAAACCAGUGCACCUGGCAUCUACUACCAUACCCCGUUCAAAGGCACUUAAAUAUUUUGUCUUGCCCAUUCACCCUCUGAAUGGCACACAUAUUGUACACAAUCCAUGUCUCAAUUGUCUAAAGGCUUAAAAAUCCUUCUUUAACCUGUCUCCUCCCCUUCAUCUACACUGAUUUUAGUGGAUUUAACAGGUGACAUCAAUAAGGGAUCCUAGCUGUCGCCUGGAUUCACCUGGUCAGUCUAUGCCAUGGAUAGAGCAGGUUAUUCUAAUGUUUAAUAGACUCAAUGUAUAUUUUCUAUUCACACAGAGACAUUGUCAAACAUUACUGUGAAACAUUACAUAACAGUUAGACUGUUAGUAAGUAUUAAUAUGCAUGUUCUGUACCGUUAAGCCCUCUGGUCCUUUCCAUGCCUCAUGUCAGUAGAAAGACGACAAUCACAAAAACAAUGUUUGAUGUGACCUGUGCAAGAGCCGUAGGAGUCAAAGGUUUUGAUGAUUUACAUCUUGUCAAUAACACGUUUUAUUGGCGGAAUAUCAGGUAAUAGUACAUUUUAUAUUACCAUACAGGUUACAAGUAUGCCUCCUAUAAAACUCUGUAAUGGUAAAUUGGUGAAAUAAGUGAAAGAAAUGACCUUGAAUGUCCAGCUUGGUCCCGCUCCCGAACAGUAUCUCCCCCACUUGAGGCCACAGCACAGUACUAUGUCCCAGCAUCAGAGAGGCUGAGGUUCCUCUUGGGGAGGUUGUAGACACAGCUCUGUGUAGGAGACCCAGCCUCAGGACUCUUCUCACACUGAUCAUUCCAGUCUCCAUGGAUGUAAAUGAUUCCUAGAUGGGAUUCUGAAAAUAUGAAAAAUAUGAAAAAUGUAUGCACUCACUAACUGUAAGUCGCUCUGAAUAAGAGCGUCUGCUAAAUGACGAAAAUGUAAUGUAAAUUGAUUCUCCUGAGCCAUGUCUGAACCAAUAGACACUGUGUUCUCCUGCACAGGUCUCAGUUUGUUUUGUACAGUUCAGAGUCACAGAGUCUCCUGGCUGGACUGACUCAGACACAGGCAGCUGUACAACGGUGGUGUUUCUGGACCCUGAACCUGCUAAGAAGGUUUUUUUUGUCAGUAAAUAAAGGUGUGGGUCUUAACUAAACUUAUGUUGAACACAUGAAGUGUGAAGAUUGUGACGCAGCUAGAAUACACAAAAGUACAGAAUUUCAUUAUAUACUGCAAUAAACAUGUAUGAAUUGUAUCAAUAAAGGUAUACAUCCUGUCAUGACUUGCCCUCAUGGGCUGAGGAUCAAAGAUGCCGGUUAGACAAAGGUUUGAACACCCCCUUUCCUGGUGGCCAGUUUUAUGACCGGUCGGAAAUUCUUUGCAGAAACUUUCUUUUCCAUGCCAUGCAGUAUUGGGAGAGGGAAUUUCCCUGUGAGACAAAGGAAGUCUUCCCGCCAAGACUCCAACAUCCAAAAGUGGAUAAUGAAGCAAUAUUCCUACGAAUGUGGGAUAUGGUCGGUGGCGACUUAAAGAACAAUCAUGUCAAAUUUGUUUCUAUGUUGUGAUGUCAUUAAAGAUGGUGGAACAACAUAACUGUAUCUCUUGGGGUGUACACUUCCCAGUUCCCCUUUUACCCCGAGUGCAUAAAAAGCCUUGAAAAACAAAUUAACAUUAGACCAGCAGACGUGAAGCGUGAGCUAAACGUUACAAAAUGGUUUAAAACGACAACUCCAUUACCAAAGGAAGACCAAGCCGGAUGUUGCAAAUGGUGGAAUUUCUACAAGAUCUAGAAGAGUGAAGCUGAAGCUACACGUUACAAAUGGUUAGACCAGAAAACGUGAGAUGUUAGUCCACACGUUUUAAAUGGAGAAACUCUGAAACUCUCAACCUCUACACGAGUUGAAGAAGAAGACAAUGCACUAGACCUUAUGAUCUCAGUCUGCAGCUGGCAUGUAUAGUCGUCUGCAGAACUUUCACUAAAGACACGUUGGGAAGGACAAUCCCACUCGCUGGUAUCCAUUCUAACCACCACUACGACCAGAAACGCUACCAAGGGCAUUGGGAUCUCUGGUGGGAAAACCAGAGUCCUACAUCAUCAACUCAACUAUCGAGGACAGCUACACGUAAAUACAUGUCGCAUUUCUAGCGUUUAGUGGGGUUUUAAGCAUUUGUAUUUCCGUGUAGCGUGGUUUCCAAAGUAACCACGAUAGUUUGAAUAUCUCUUCCAAUCUGACCCUCCUUCUUCCCAAGCAUUCAUGCCAUUGUUAGUCCAGUCCACUAGGGACCUGUUUUCAUUGUAUUACGUUAGUAAUCAAUAACCUAUGUGUGUGUGUGUUUGUAUUGUGUUAUUAUUUAGUUAGUUAGUAAAUAAAUAAUUAAGCUAAUUUGUGUAUAGCUGAUUCAUCAAUAAGGUUAGGGUUCUUGCAGGUUCAAGGAUUAUGCGACGUUCAGAAUGAGACUGAUAAGAGGUAAUUAUUUAAUAAGUGGCUGUUAUCAAUGUAUAACAUAUAUAUCUUCUAAGAGUUUAAUUCAGGAGAUGGUAACUCGUUAAACAACUUCUUCCGUGCUGCCCCAAAUUCCCAAUGAGUUAAUUGUUACAUGAUUAAUUUAAUCGAGUGACAAUUAAACAUAGUUGGUUGAUUCGAUGAAUAACAGUCAUACAUUAAAGUAAGUCACGUCACGACAAUCCUAUAAGCAGAGAAAUAUUAAAGUGUGACUUACCCAUCACUCUGAGAAGUGGCAGUAUCAAACACAAUGCCAUGAUCAUCUUUGCUAACUCUGUCUUGAGUAGACAAAGUCUACCAUAUAAACAACACUUCUACAAAGGGCUUAUUGGUGAUUGGUCAGACUGGACACGUGCAUCAUUUUUGUAAUUGCAUUAUUCUAGCCACCAUGGUCUUCAUAACAAAAAAUCACUCUUAUUUUACAUUUACAUUUUAGCAGACGCUCUUAUCCAGAGCGACUUACAUGAGCAAUUAGGGUUAAGUGCCUUGCUCAAGGGCACAUCGACAGAUUUUUCACCUAGUCGGCUCGGGGAUUAGAACCAGCGACCUUUCGGUUACUAGCACAACGCUCUUAAACACUAAGCAACCUGCCGCCCCAUAUAAUCAAUGUUUAAAGUGGACCAAUGCUUACUGUAUAGGAUAUUUUGUGCAGGUUGGAUGAAGAAGAUGGCGUAGUAGUGCGGUCGUGUGCUAUGUGUGUGUCCGUGUAAAUAGCCAGUUUUUAGUAUUUUUCGUAUAUAUUUCCCUAUCACACUUAUCAUCCUUCUACUAAAUAUACUUUCCAGCAACCCGCCUCACUCAAUGUGGAACGGAUUCUAUUAUUGACUUACCUUUUAUCUAGAAUCUUCAGUUGAAACUAUGCUAGCCAGCUAACUAGCUACUUGCUAUUAGCCACCGUUAGCGGUUUUCACCCAGAACAUCAGAUUUUCUGCCGGAAUAACUGAAUCACUGGACAUUAACACCGGAUCGCAACUAGCUAGCCGCAACCAAAUGGAUGUUGCUGUUGGCUAAUCACCACUGCCCCUGAAGCAAACACCAGUUAGCCUUGAGCUAGCCUCGAGCCAGGCCCAUAUCCCGGCUAUCUACCGGACGGGAGUAGCCAGCUAACUAGCUACUUGCUAUUAGCCCCCGUUAGUGGUUUUUCACCAUUGUCCAUGGCCUGCACUAUCUACCAGCCAGCUCUAGCCUGGACUAUUAUCGGCCAGUCUGCACUGUCUGCACAGCGCGUUAUCGACCCAGAACAUAUCGUUUUUUUCUGCCGGAAUCACUGAAUCACUGGACCUUUAACUCCAGAUCAUCGCAACUAGCUAGCUGCAACCAAAUGGAUGUUGUUGUCGGCUAAUCAGCCUCGAGUCAGGCCCAUCUCCCGGCUAUCUACCUCUCUGACAACCGGAUGGGUCCUCCCACAGUCGACACGGAGCCCCGCCGAUCAAUUACGACUGGUCUGACGACGUAAUCGUCUGUGGUUUCAACAGGCUUCCAGUUGCGACGACCACGAAGAUCCAUCUGCUAGCCUCGGCCCGCUAGCACACACAAACAACAGCCGUGCUUCCUGCUAGCCAGUGCUGUAGCACCAAUUCGAACUGCUAUCGAACUCACAUAUUGCUGAUCAAUGGACCUUAUGAUCACUCAGUUGCACAGCUGAUGCCUGCUGGACUGUUCCUUUACACGGUACCCUGUCCUGUUUAUCUGUUUAGCCUCAGCCCAAACUUUCAUCGGCAUUACCAGUUGUUGUCUUAGCUCUCUCUAAUAACACCUGUGAUUGCUUUUUGCCUCUCUCCCAUGUCAAUAUGCCUUGCCUAUUUCUGUUCCAGUUAGUUUGUAUUAUACAAUUUCACUAUAAAGCCCCAAGCUCCUCUCAAACUGCCUCAAAUAGCUCCUUUGUUCUACCCCCCAUACUCGCGGAGACCGGCUCAAUCGGUGCCUCCAGUGAUGCUAUCUCUUUCAUUGUUACCCAACGCUUAGGUUUAGCUCCACUGUACUCAUAUCCUUCCAUAUCCUUGUCUGUACAUAAUGCCCUGAAUCUAUUCUACAACGCCCGAAAAUCUGCCCCCUUUACUCUCUGUACCCAACACACUAGAAGACCAGUUCUUAAAGCCUUUAGCCGUAGACUUAUUCUAGUCCUACUCUGUUCCUCUGGUGAUGUAGAGCUUAACCCAGGCCCUGCAGCCCCCAGUAUCAGUCCUACUCCCCAGGAGCUAUCAUUUGUUGACUUCUGUAACCGUAAAAGCAUUGUUUUUUUUACAUGUUAACAUCAGAAGCCUCCACCCUAAGUUUGAGUUAUUCACUGCGUUAGCACAAUCCGCCAACCCUGAUGUUCUAGCAGUGUCUGAAUCAUGGCUUAGGAAGGCCACCAAAAAUUCAGAAAUGUCCAUCCCAAACUACAACAUUUUCCGUCUAGAUAGAACUGCCAAAGGGGGCAGAGUUGUAAUCUACUGUAGAGAGAGCCUGCAGAGCUCUAUCAUACUAUCCAGGUCUGUGCCCAAAACAGUUUGAGCUCCUACUUCUAAAAAUCCACCUUUCCAGAAAUAAGUCUCUCUGUCACGUCCUGGCUCUGGGGACUCUUAUAUGUUGAGCCAGGGUGUUAGUUUCUAUGUGUAGUGUCUAUGUUUUGUUUUCUAUGUGUUCUUUUCUAGAUUGUGUAUUUCUGUGUUGGCCGGGGUGGUUCCCAAUCGGAGGCAGCUGUGUCUUGUUGUCUCUGAUUGGGACUCAACUUAGGCAGCCUGUUGUGCACUUGUCAUUUGUGGGAUCUUGUUCCGUGUAAGGUUUGUGUUUGUUAACCUUGGACUUCACGUAUCGUUUAUUGUUUUUGUUCGUGGUGUACUUAAUAAAUAAGAAUGUACGCAUAUCACGCUGCGUCUUGGUCCGCUCAUUACGACGAUCGUGACACUCUCACUGUUGCCGCUUGCCCUGGACACCAUAUGUGAAUUGAUUGCCCCCCAUCUAUCCUCAGAGUUCGUACUGCUUGGUGACCUAAACUGGGAUAUGCUUAACACCCUGGCCAUCCUACAAUCCAAACUAGAUGCCCUCAAUCUCACACAAAUUAUCAAGGAACCUACCAGGUACAACCCUAAGUCCGUAAACAUGGGCACCCUUAUAGAUAUCAUCCUGACUAACUUACCCUCUAAAUACACCUCUGCUGUCUUCAACCAGGAUCUCAGCGAUCACUGCCUUACUGCCUGCGUCCGUAAUGGGUCCGCGGUCAAACGACCACCCCUCAUCACUGUCAAACGCUCCCGAAAACACUUUAGCGAGCAGGCCUUCCUAAUUGACCUGGCCCAGGUAUCCUGGAUGGAUAUCGAUCUCAUUCCGUCAGUAGAGGAUGGCUGGUUGUUCUUUAAAAGUGCUUUCCUCUCAAUCUUAAAUAAGCAUGCCCGUUCAAUAAAUUCAGAACUAAGAACAGAUAUAGCCCCUGGUUCUCCUCAGACUUGACUGCCCUUGACCAGCACAAAAACGUCCUGUGGCGUACUGCAUUAGCAUCGAAUAGCCCCCACGACAUGCAACUUUUCAGGGAAGCUAGGAACCAAUAUACACAAGCAGUUAGGAAAGCAAAGGCUAGCUUUUUCAAACAGAAAUGUGUAUCCUGUAGCACUGACUCCAAAAAGUUUUGGGACACUGUAAAGUCCAUGGAGAAUAAGAGCACCUCCUCCCAGCUGACCACUGCACUGAAGCUAGGAAACACUAUCACCACCGAUAAAUCUACAAUAAUCGAGAAUUUCAACAAGCAUUUUGCUACGGCUGGCCUUGCUUUCCACCUGGCUACCACUACCCCGGCCACCAGCUCUGCACCCUCCGCUGCAACUUGCCCAUGCCCCCCCAUUUCUCCUUCACACAAAUUCAGACAGCUGAUGUUCUGAAAGAGCUGCAAAAUCUGGACCCCUACAAAUCAUCUGGGCUAGACAAUCUGGACCCGAAAUUGGCGCAACCCCUAUUACUAGCCUGUUCAACCUCUGUUCGUAAUGUCUGAGAUCCCCAGAGAUUGGAAAGCUGCCGUGGUCAUCCCCCUCUUCAAAGGGGGUGACACAUCUGAUCCAAACUGUUCAGAGACCUACAGUGGAAAAAAGCAUUGUGCCACCAAUGGUCAAGUUCUCCCCUAAAAAGAGAGAGGCCGUAAUUUCAUCAUAGUACACGUCACUUGGAGAAAAAUCAGAAAUCCAUGAACUGCUGGAUCAAACGUUUCAACGCCUGGCAUGACAAGCAAAUCGUAUCUUCACAAGGUUUUCACACACUGUUGCUGGUAUUUUGGCCCAUUCCUCCAUGCAGAUCUCCUCUAGAGCAGUGAUGUUUUGGGGCUGUCGCUGGGCAACACGGACUUUCAACUCCCUCCAAAGAUUUUCUAUGGGGUUGAGAUCUGGAGACUGGCUAGGCCACUCCAGGACCUUGAAAUGCUUCUUACGAAGCCACUCCUUCGUUGCCCGGGCGGUGUGUUUGGGAUCAUUGUCAUGCUGAAAGACCCAGCCACGUUUCAUCUUCAAUGCCCUUGCUGAUGGAAGGAGGUUUUCACUCAAAAUCUCACGAUACAUGGCCCCAUUCAUUCUUUCCUUUACACGGAUCAGUCGUCCUGGUCCCUUUGCAGAAAAAACAGCCCCAAAGCAUGAUGUUUCCACCCCCAUGCUUCACAGUAGGUAUGGUGUUCUUUGGAUGCAAACUCAGCAUUCUUUGUCCUCCAAACACGACGAGUUGAGUUUUUACCAGAAAGUUCUAUUUUGGUUUCAUCUAACCAUAUGACAUUCUCCCAAUCCUCUUCUGGAUCAUCCAAAUGCACUCUAGCAAACUUCAGACGGGCCUGGACAUGUACUGGCUUAAGCAGGGGGACACGUCUGACACUGCAGGAUUUGAGUCCCUGGCGGCGUAGUGUGUUACUGAUGGUAGGCUUUGUUACUUUGGUCCCAGCUCUCUGCAGGUAUAAUAAUAAUAAUAUAAUAUGCCAUUUAGCAGACGCUUUUAUCCAAAGCGACUUACAGUCAUGCGUGCAUACAUUUUUGUGUAUGGGUGGUCCCGGGGAUCGAACCCACUACCUUGGCGUUACAAGCGCCGUGCUCUACCAGCUGAGCUACAGAGGACCACAGGUCAUUCACUAGGUCCACCCGUGUGGUUCUGGGAUUUUUGCUCACCGUUCUUGUGAUCAUUUUGACCCCACGGGGUGAGAUCUUGCGUGGAGCCCCAGAUCGAGGGAGAUUAUCAGUGGUCUUGUAUGUCUUCCAUUUCCUAAUAAUUGCUCCCACAGUUGAUUUCUUCAAACCAAGCUGCUUACCUAUUGCUGAAUCAGUCUUCCCAGCCUGGUGCAGGUCUACAAUUUUGUUUCUGGUGUCCUUUGACAGCUCUUUGGUCUUGGCCAUAGUGGAGUUUGGAGUGUGACUGUUUGAGGUUGUGGACAGGUGUCUUUUAUACUGAUAACAAGUUCAAACAGGUGCCAUUAAUACAGGUAACGAGUGGAGGACAGAGGAGCCUCUUAAAGAAGAAGUUACAGGUCUGUGAGAGCCAGUAAUGUUGCUUGUUUGUAGGUGACCAAAUACUUAUUUUCCACCAUAAUUUGCAAAUAAAUUCAUUAAAAAUCCUACAAUGUAAUUUUCUGGAUUUUUUUUCCUCAUUUUGUCUGUCAUAGUUGACGUGUACCUAUGAUGAAAAUUACAGGCCUCUCUCAUCUUUUUAAGUGGGAGAACUUGCACAAUUGGUGGCUGACUAAAUACUUUUUUCCCCCACUGUAUAUCCAUCCUGCCCUGCCUUUCGAAAGUUUUUGAAAACUAAGUUAACAAACAGAUCACCGACCAUUUUGAAUCACACCGUACCUUCUCCGCUAUGCAAUCCGGUUUCCGAGCUGGUCAUGGGUGCACCUCAGCCACGCUCAAGGUCCUAAACGAUAUUAUAACCACGAUCGAUAAUAGACAGUAUUGUGCAGCCGUCUUCAUCGACCUGGCCAAGGCUUUCGACUCUGUCAACCUCCGCAUUUUUAUUGGCAGACAAAAUAGCCUUGGUUUCUCAAAUGACUGCCUCGCCUGGUUCACCAACUACUUCUCAGCUAGAAUUCAAUGUGUCAAAUCGGAGGGCCUGUUUUCUGAACCUAUGGCAGUCUCUAUGGGGGUUGCACAGGGUUAAAUUCUUGGGCCGACUCUUUUCUCUGUGUAUAUCAAUGAUGUCGCUCUUGCUGCUGGUGAUUCUCAGAUCCACCUCUACGCAGAUGACACCAUUUUGUAUACAUCUGGCCCUUCAUUGGACACUGUGUUAACAAACCUCCAAACGAGCUUCAGCGCCAUACAACACUCCUUCCGUAGCCUCCAACUGCUCUUAAACACGAGUAAAACUAAAUGCAUGCUCUUCAAUCGAACGCUGCUGGCACCCGCCCACCCGACUAGAAUCACUACUCUCGAUGGGUAUGACCUAGAGUAUGUGGACAACUACAAAUACCUAGGUGUCUGGUUAGACUGUAAACUCUCCUUCCAGACUCACAUUAAGCAUCUCCAAUCCAAAGUUAAAUCCAGAAUCGGCUUCCUAUUUCGCAACAAAGCCUCCUUCACUCAUGCUGCCAAACAUGCCCUCGUAAAACUGACUAUCCUACCGAUCCUUGACUUCGGUGAUGUCAUUUACAAAAUAGCCUCCAACACUCUACUCAGCAAAUUGGAUGUAGUCUAUCACAGUGCCAUCCGUUUUGUCACCAAAGCCCCAUAUACUACCCACCACUGUGACCUGUAAGCUCUUGUUGGUUGGUACUCACUACAUAUUCGUCGCCAAACCCACUGGAUCCAGGCCAUCUAUAAAUCACUGCUAGGCAAAUCCCCGUCUUAUCUUAGCUCACUGGUCACCAUAGCAACACUCACCCGUAGUAUGCGCUCCAGCAGGUAUAUCUCACUGGUCAUCCCCAAAGCCAACACCUCCUUUGGCUGCCAUUCCUUCCAGUUUUCUGCUGCCAAUGACUGGGACGAACUGCAAAAAUCUCUGAAGCUGGAAACUCUUAUAUCCCUCACUAACUUUAAGCAUCAGUUGUCAGAGCACCUUACCGAUCACUGCACCUGUACACAGCCCAUCUGAAAUUAGCCCACCCAACUACCUCAUCCCCAUGUUGUUAUUUAGUUUGCUCAUUUGCACCCCACUAUUUGCACAUCAUCUCUUGCACAUCUAGCAUUCCAGUGUUAAUAUUAAUUGUAAUUAUUUUGCACUAUAGCCUAUUUAUAUCCUUAUCUCCAUAACAUGCUACAUUUGCACACACUGUAUAUAUAUUUUCUAUUUUCUUUUGUAUUUUUGACUUUAUAUGUUUUUUUGUUUUACCCCAUACAGUGGGGAAAAAAAGUAUUUAGUCAGCCACCAAUUGUGCAAGUUCUCCCACUUAAAAAGAUGAGAGAGGCCUGUAAUUUUCAUCACAGGUACACGUCAACUAUGACGGACAAAUAGAGAAUUUUUUCUCCAGAAAAUCACAUUGUAGGAUUUUUAAUAAAUUUAUUUGCAAAUUAUGGUGGAAAAUAAGUAUUUGGUCACCUACAAACAAGCAAGAUUUCUGGCUCUCACAGACCUGUAACUUCUUCUUUAAGAGGCUCCUCUGUCCUCCACUCGUUACCUGUAUUAAUGGCACCUGUUUGAACUUGUUAUCAGUAUAAAAGACACCUGUCCACAACCUCAAACAGUCACACUCCAAACUCCACUAUGGCCAAGACCAAAGAGCUGUCAAAGGACACCAGAAACAAAAUUGUAGACCUGCACCAGGCUGGGAAGACUGAAUCUGCAAUAGGUAAGCAGCUUGGUUUGAAGAAAUCAACUGUGGGAGCAAUUAUUAGGAAAUGGAAGACAUACAAGACCACUGAUAAUCUCCCUCGAUCUGGGGCUCCACGCAAGAUCUCACCCCGUGGGGUCAAAAUGAUCACAAGAACGGUGAGCAAAAAUCCCAGAACCACACGGGGGGACCUAGUGAAUGACCUGCAGAGAGCUGGGACCAAAGUAACAAAGCCUACCAUCAGUAACAUACUACGCCGCCAGGGACUCAAAUCCUGCAGUGCAAGACGUGUCCCCCUGCUUAAGCCAUUACAUGUCCAGGCCCGUCUGAAGUUUGCUAUAGUGCAUUUGGAUGAUCCAGAAGAGGAUUGGGAGAAUGUCAUAUGUUCAGAUGAAACCAAAAUAUAACUUUUUGGUAAAAGCUCAACUCGUCGUGUUUGGAGGACAAAGAAUGCUGAGUUGCAUCCAAACAACACCAUACCUACUGUGAAGCAUGGGGGUGGAAACAUCAUGCUUUGGGGCUGUUUUUCUGCAAAGGGAUCAGGACGACUGAUCCGUGUAAAGGAAAGAAUGAAAGGGGCCAUGUAUCGUGAGAUUUUGAGUGAAAACCUCCUUCCAUCAGCAAGGGCAUUGAAGAUGAAACGUGGCUGGGUCUUUCAGCAUGACAGUGAUCCCAAACACACACCCCGGGCAACGAAGGAGUGGCUUCGUAAGAAGCAUUUCAAGGUCCUGGAGUGGCCUAGCCAGUCUCCAGAUCUCAACCCCAUAGAAAAUCUUUGGAGGGAGUUGAAAGUCCGUGUUGCCCAGCGACAGCCCUAAAACAUCACUGCUCUAGAGGAGAUCUGCAUGGAGGAAUGGGCCAAAAUACCAGCAACAGUGUGUGAAAACCUUGUGAAGACUUACAGAAAACGUUUGACCUGUGUCAUUGCCAACAAAGGGUAUAUAACAAAGUAUUGAGAAACUUUUGUUAUUGACCAAAUACUUAUUUUCCACCAUAAUUUGCAAAUAAAUUCAUUAAAAAUCCUACAAUGUGAUUUUUUGGAAUUAUUUUUCUCAUUUUGUCUGUCAUAGUUGACGUGUACAUAUGAUGAAAAUUACAGGCCUCUCUCAUCUUUUUAAGUGGGAGAACUUGCACAAUUGGUGGCUGAAUAAAUACUUUUUUUCCCCACUGUAUGUAACUCGGUGUUGUUGUAUUUAUUGCACUGCUUUGCUUUAUCUUGGCCAGGUCGCAGUUGUAAAUGAGAACUUGUUCUCAACUGGUUUACCUGGUUAAAUAAAGGUGAAAUGAAAAAAUACAAAAAAUAAAAUAACACUUUUUCGUGUCUUGAUGAUGAUGACAUUUAAAAAAAAAAUGGUUUUUUGUAGUUUUCAAGCACUGUCUGGACAAAGAUGUCCAAUCCUGAGGUUGCAGUGUGGAAAGAGAAAUAUAAAUGUCCAUCAGUAAAAUGGGUUUAAAGUAAUACUGCUGUCUGGUAAGCAAUGCAGUACAUUUUCAAGCAAACAUUACAUAUAAAGUAUGUACUUUUAUAUGCUCUUGGUAUCAAACUUAGUUGUGAUAGAGUUGUGAUAGACUUGGCCCCACCACAUGCAUUAGUUACGGUUCUCCUGAUGACCUAUAGGAGGACUGUUAUACAUAGAACAGACUCGAUAUGUACCAGGGUGAACAGGGGUGGAGCAUUAUGACUGUAUAUGGGGGAAUCACUUACAGGAUAAAACAAGUCUAUUUUAUAUCAGUCUCAUUACCUAUCAUUCACAGAAUCAUGCUCUAACUGAAGUGUAACACCUGAUAGUUUAGUAGGGGUCAGGGGUGUACCUGGGUGGAUAGGGCUCUUAGCUGUAGCCUAGUAUACAUUGAUACAACUUCUACUUUAAACUCUGUAAAUCAAUUAUCGUAGUUCAAGAAUGAACAUGAACAUGCUUUUUAGUCCAGGACUAGGCUUAAUCUGUGUCUGGGAAACUGGCCCAUGUGAUGAGAUAGAGGCUAUAUGGUAUGCAGUAGUGUCAGUGGACUGUGUUUCUAAUUGUUAUGGUUCUGAUCAACAAUGUAAGCAUGAGAGAAAAAACAUUGACACCACAUAAAUUUCCUGCUGAAACUACAUAGUGAGUGAAAGGCCAACCAGGCCUAUCCAAAGCGUAGAGACGGCGUCGUUUUGAGCUCACAGCAGACCAAAGUGUUCAGAUUCCUGUCAACAGCUCACUGAGUGCAUGAUGCGUGGGUGGGUUUAAUAUGGUAACAGUAGGUAGUCUCUGCAGAAGCCCUCUGGACAAACAUUCAUAGAGGCAUACUGUAUGUACAGAACCCAAGAGAUGGAAGAAGUCUAUUUUAGUCCGUAUCAGUUGUUUAAAUAGAUAUUUAUUAAUGCAAAAAGAAGGCAUAUUCUGUACACAGGGAUUUCAGGAGAUCAGUUCAAUCAAUUAACACAUACUGCAUAAGCAAGGAUGAUGAUGCUCAAUUGAAUUAGAAGUCACAGGCUAAUAUUUUUCUAAUGCAAUACGAGCAACUAAGCAAUCUCAAUUAAUAAUAAUUUGCAAUACAUAGCGAUGAUACAGUAUCUCCUACUUUACUCAAAAACCCAGCUAUAGUCUAUUGACACUGGCCUUAGCUUGAUCUAUUUCCUGGUGGUGUAGAUGAUGAUUAAGAUGGUCAGGCAGCAGAGGAGAACUCCAGUUCUUAUGAUGGAGAGAAGGACCAGGAUUCUCAUCUUUGUAUCAACGUCACAAUCUGAAAUAAUAAAAUUGCUCUUUCCAUGACAAAGACUGACCAGGUUAAAGCUAUGAUCCCUUAUUGAUGUCACUUGUUAAAUCCACGUCAAUCAGGGAGGAGGAGACAGGUUAAAGAAGGAUUCUUAAGGUGCAACUCAAUAUCAAUAUUAGGAAGGUCUUCCUAAUGUUUGGUAUACUCAGUGUAUACAGUGUCACUCCACAACUCCACUACGGCCAGCAGUUGAUACCGCAAAUCAAUAAUUAACUGUAAUGUUUAUCUUUUUAACAAUAGCAUAUACUGUAUAUAUUACAAAAUGUAGUCUACCUUCAACAUCCAGCUUGGUCCCGUUCCCAAACAGUAUCUCCCCACAUGAGGCACAGUAGUAAGUCCCAGCAUCAGAGAGGCUGAGGUUCCUCUUGGGGAGGUUGUAGACACAGCUCUGUGUAGGAGACCCAGCCUCAGGGCUCUUCUCACACUGAUCACCCUUGUCCCCAAGGGUAUAAAUGAUUCCUGGAUGGGAUUCUCCUGUGCCAUGUCUGAACCAAUAGACACUGUGUUCUCCUGCACAGGUCUCAGUGUGUAUUGUGCAGUUCAGAGUCACAGAGUCUCCUGGCAGGACUGACUCAGACACAGGCUGCUGGAGUACAGGCAGAUUUCUGGACCCUGAACCUGACAAGAAGGCCAAUAAACCCAUUUAA